AUGACUGGGAAGGGGAGAGGGUUAGUGGGACCUCACCCUGCGGUGUCAGAGUGGGACCUCACCCUGCGGUGUCAGAGUGGGACCUCACCCUGCGGUGUCAGAGUGGGACCUCACCCUGCGGUGUCAGAGUGGGACCUCACCCUGCGGUGUCAGAGUGGGACCUCACCCUGCGGUGUCAGAGUGGGACCUCACCCUGCGGUGUCAGAGUGGGACCUCACCCUGCGGUGUCAGAGUGGGACCUCACCCUGCGGUGUCAGUGUGGGACCUCACCCUGCGGUGUCAGAGUGGGACCUCACCCUGCGGUGUCAGAGUGGGACCUCACCCUGCUGUGUUAGUGUGGGACCUCACCCUGCGGUGUCAGAGUGGGACCUCACCCUGCGGUGUCAGAGUGGGACCUCACCCUGCGGUGUCAGAGUGGGACCUCACCCUGCGGUGUCAGAGUGGGACCUCACCCUGCGGUGUCAGAGUGGGACCUCACCCUGCGGUGUCAGAGUGGGACCUCACCCUGCGGUGUCAGAGUGGGACCUCACCCUGCGAGUGGGCCCUCACCCUGCGGUGUUAGUGUGGGACCUCACCCUGCGGUGUCAGAGUGGGACCUCACAGUGUAGUGUUAGUGUGGGACCUCACCCUGCAGUGUCAGAGUGGGACCUCACCCUGCGGUGUCAGAGUGGGACCUCACCCUGCGGUGUCAGAGUGGGACCUCACCCUGCGGUGUCAGUGUGGGACCUCACCCUGCGGUGUCAGUGUGGGACCUCACCCUGCGGUGUCAGAGUGGGACCUCACCCUGCGGUGUCAGUGUGGGACCUCACCCUGCGGUGUCAGUGUGGGACCUCACCCUGCAGUGUCAGAGUGGGACCUCACAGUGUAGUGUUAGUGUGGGACCUCACCCUGCGGUGUCAGUGUGGGACCUCACAGUGUAGUGUUAGUGUGGGACCUCACCCUGCGGUGUCAGUGUGGGACCUCACAGUGUAG